AUGAUGGCGUCUGUGUCAACAGUUGCCGAUAAUUCGUCAUCAAAUCAUAUUCAAUCUUUGUCAAACGGUAAAAUUCCACAAAAUAGUAGUGUGCUUGUAGUAGGAGCUGGUGGCAUUGGUUGUGAAUUAUUAAAAUCGUUAGCUUUAUGUCAUUUUCAUAAAAUCAGUGUAAUUGAUUUGGAUACCAUUGAAGUAUCAAAUCUAAAUCGUCAGUUUCUAUUUCAUAAAGAACAUAUUGGUCAUUCAAAAGCACAAGUGGCAUGUGAAAGUAUCAAAAAAAUGUGUCCAAACAUUGAAAUCGAACCAUAUCAUGGUGAUGUUAUUACUGAUGUUCGAUUUGAUUUAAAUUUUUAUAAAAAAUUUGACCUUAUCAUAAAUGCAUUAGAUAAUAUUCACGCAAGACAACAUGUGAAUCGAAUGUGUUUACAAUCUUCAAAACCGUUGAUUGAUAGUGGUUCAACCGGAUACAAUGGUCAAGCAACAAUUAUCUUGAAAGGUCGUAGUCAAUGUUAUGAUUGUGUUGAAAAACCUAAACAACAACGAACCUAUGCCGUUUGUACAAUCCGAAAUACUCCUUCUCAACCCAUUCAUUGUAUUGUAUGGGCAAAAUAUUUAUAUCAACAAUUAUUUGGCGAUAAUGACGAUCCAAACCAAGAAGAUGUAACACCUGAUCAAGAUGAUCCAGAAAAUCAUGUCGAACAAGCAACAACAAAUGGAAAUGAUAAUCAACAAAUACGGUAUUCUGAAUCAGUUCAAUCUCAGCGUUUGUCUACUCGUGAUUGGAUUCGUACAAAUAAAUUUGAUCCGCAAAAAAUUUUUAAUAAAUUAUACAAUGAUGAUAUUAAAUGUUUGACAUCAAUGAAAAAUUUAUGGGAAAAACGUCGUCAACCAAUACCAUUGAAUUAUGAUAAAGCAAUACAAUUGAAUGAAAAUGACUACGAUAAACAAGCAGCAGCAACAACAACAACAACUAUAUCAAAUACUUCAACAGUGCCAAAACUAAACGAUCAAAAAAUAUGCACAAUUAGCGAUUAUGUACAAAUGUUUUGUGAUAGUAUUCAAGAAUUAAGAAAACGUUUUGAUGUACAACAACAACUAGGUAAGUGA